GAAACUCAAACCGAUCACUAGCAAUCCAUUCAGUCAAUACAGACCUAACCCAUUUUCCAAAAUGUUCAAGUUGGUGGUAUUGUCUGCUCUGCUCGCCGUAGCCGCUGCCCGUCCCGGUCACCUGUUGGAGUCCUCCCCGCUGGUCUAUGCCGCCCCAGCAGCGACGACCAUCGUCCAGGAGCCCGUCCUGGCCAAGGUGGGAGCCGUGGUCAAGAGCGUGCCCACCGCGGUGAGCCACCAGAGCCAGUCGGUGGUGCACAGCCACGCGCAUGUGGUGGAGGACGUCGUGGCCCCCGUGGUGAAGUCCACUCCGGUGGUCAGCUAUGCCGCUGCGGCUCCGGUGGUGCACACCUCCUACGCCGCUGCCGCUCCCGUUGUCCACGCCACCUACGCUGCUCCUGCUCCAGUGGUCCACACCUCCUACGCCGCUGCUGCUCCCGUCCUGGCCACUUCCUACGCCCAAGUGGCCGCCUCCUCGCCGCUGACCUACACCGCCACUGGUGUGUGGUAAAGCUGCAACCAGCCGACUCCGAUACCCACCCUCCCAUUUCAACCGCCGUCAGGUGACCAGGAUGAGUUUGCCGGACGGUUUUGUGAUACGAAUUUUAAAUAAACAAAAGUUUUGCCUUGAAA